AUGUUGGCGGCGUUUUCGCUGUCCCUUAAACCCUUCCCUUUAUUGCACUCCUCUUCUAAGGGCGUCGCUCCGAUCAGAAAUGUCGACUUCGAGAAUGGCAGUUCUGGCAAAAACCUUCACUACCCUGUCCGUUGUCUUCCAAUAAAAGCAGCUGAUGGCGGCGGCGAUAAUGGUGGGGCUGGUGAUGGAAAUGGCAGUGGAGAUUCUUUUGGUGGUGGUGGUGGAGGAGGAAGAGACGGUGGCGAUAGUGAGGAAGAUAAAGAGUUUGGACCGAUAUUGAAGUUCGAGGAUGUAAUGAAGGAGAAAGAGACUCGUGGAGUUGAGCUUCCUGCUGAUAUGUUGGAAGCUGCUAAAUCUGCCGGGAUUAUCCAAUUGUUUCUCCUUCGUUCCCCCGAUUUGCAGUUCCUUUAUUUUGGAUCAGCAUGGCCACUAGGUUUUGUUUUGUUUUUCUCUAUCAUCAGAAGCUUAAAGAAAUCAGAAAAGGACAUUCCUGUUCCAGCUCGUUGGGGUGUGUUCCUUUCUGUAUCUUCCAACCGUAGUUGGCAAAUUAUCACCGGACAGGACCGCCUGGUUGGAGCGUUAUCUUUGGCGAAACAGGCCCUGAGUAUUGCAAUUACGCAUUUAUUGGAAGACAACGAUGCAUAUAAGAGAGUUAUUGAUGUUUCUGAAAGAGCAGACUGCUUUUAUUGGAAGACAACGGACAGGGUAGUGAAGGUUUUUGCCAGAACUGCCAUUCUCGAAGUCGACAAUUAA